AUGCUAGAAGGCAUAGCAACUGGUUACAUAAUGCUACCUCAAGACUGGAAAGACCUGAUGCGCAUGCUUUUAUCCCCAGCUCAGUAUGUGGUGUUUGAGAGUGAAUUUAAACAUAGCGCAUCAGCCCUGUCUGAUCCACAGCAUACUGCCAAUCAACUCUAUGGCGCUGGUCAGUAUAAUGAUAUAACAGCCCAGGCAACGCUGACACCUGUACAUUUUAGUCGCACCGCAACCUGUGUACAACGCGCCUUUCGGAAAGUCCCUGUUUCAGGGCAACCACUGAGCUCCUUUGUUAAUAUCAAGCAACAGCAUUCGGAGCCAUACCAUCAGUUUAUAGAUAGAUUGAAAGAAUCAGUCACUAGGCAGAUUGAUAACACUACAGCUCAAAAUGAGUUGAUGAGAAAAUUGGCCUUUGAAAACGCAAACACCGAUUGCAAGAAAGCUUUGCAGUCAAUCAUACAUCGCCCUAAAUAUGACCUGGCCGAUAUGAUUCAAGCUUGUGCGGAUGUCGGUAGCCAGAGCCAUGCGAUGUCUUUGCUUGCCGGUGCAAUCCAAGCUACCAAUAGACCUACAGGUAACUGCUUUAAUUGUAAGCUCCCAGGCCAUUUUGCCAAGCAAUGCAGAGCCCCUGGCGGGGGGGCAAACAAGGAUGGUGCUGCCUCUAAGGCUAAACCCUCUAAAAAAUGCCCGAAAUGUGGAAAAGGCUAUCAUUGGGCUAAUCAAUGCAGGAGUCUGGGAAACUCCAUUGUGGCCCCACUCUCGGGCCAGGGCAAUUAGAGUUUUCCACCUUUAGUUUCUGCUGCUGAAAACUUUUCCAAAAAUGCACCCUCUGAAUUUGCCAUUGAUUUGAUCAAUCAAGAGACCAAAGACUCUGUUUUACCUGGUGAAAUUGUGCUUAUGCCCACUCAAUUGGCAGGCCCCCUGCCUCCUAAAGUCGCAGGUUUAAUUUUACCCACAUUUUCUGCGGCAAAAGAAGGAAUCCAGGUUAUUCCUGGGGUUCUGGAUCCUGACUAUGUAGGCACAAUAAUGGUUCAACUCUGGAGCCAUAUGCCCAUGCAAUUAAAAAAGGGUGAGUCUUGGGCGCAUUUGGUGGUGCUCCCUUCUCAUCCUACUGCUUCUAUUAUGGAUACUAAUUUGCACGAGCUCUCUUCUUUCCCUCCACAGCUGUUAGCUGUAGUCCAGAGGAUUGGUGAAAAGAAACUCCUUCGUAAGUAUAAAAUCAAUGGUGGAAGGCUUGAUUGACACAGGCGCAGACGUUUCUGUAAUUUCUAAUAGUUGCUGGGACCCCACGUGGCCCCUUGAGUCUGCCUCUGCAGUCUGGGGUGUGGGUGGCCCCCAAACCUCUUCCAAAAGCGUACAGUGGCUGCCUGUUUCUCUGCCUGAUAGCUCUGAAACCAUUGCAUACAUCCAGCCCUGUGUGCUGAAAAUCCACCUCAAUCUGUGAGGAAGAGACUUACUACAGCAAUUACAAGCUACCAUUCAAUUUAAUGAGUAAGCUUGCACUUCCACACAGCUGGAAAUCUACCAGUCCUGUAUGGGUGGAACAAUGGCCCAUAACGGGAGAAAAGCUACUUGCUUUAAAACAAUUAGUGAAUGAACAAUUAUCGGCAGACCGUAUUGAGCCUUCAGUUAGCCCCUAUAAUACACCCAUCUUCGUCAUAAAAAAGAAGAGUGGCAAAUGGAGAUUUCUCCAGGAUUUAAGGAAAAUAAACCAAAUCCUUGAACCCAUGGGGCCUUUGCAGUGUGGUCUGCCUAAUCCAAAUAUGAUUCCACAUUCUUAUCAGUUGGCUAUAAUAGAUUUGCAAGAUUGUUUUUUCUCCAUUCCCCUACAGGAGAAAGAUCGUAAAUUCUUUGCUUUUACUGUUCCUGUGCUAAAUAACAGUCAGCCCACGGAACGGUACCAAUGGAAAGUCCUACCACAAGGAAUGCUGAAUUCCCCUACCAUGUGCCAACAUUAUGUGAGCCUUCAGCCUUUUCGUUUGCAGCAUCCACACCUCUUAAUUUAGCAUUACAUGGAUGACGUGCUGAUCACGGGGCCACGCCUCCCCCCUCAAUGGAAGCAUGAUAUGACAGCCUGUUUCUCACGUUAUGGUUUGAAAAUUGCCCCAGAAAAGGUUCAGGAAUCCUCUCCCUUUCAUUAUUUGGGACACAAAAUGAUAGCUAGCUAUUCUAUUCCUAUUGUCCCUGAACUUCAUGUUCCAAAAACAAUGAAAUAUGUCCAGCUGCAGCAAUUGCUGGGCAAUAUCAACUGGAUAAGACCCUAUUUUAAAAUUCCCCUUGAAGUUUUACGGCCGCUUUUUUCAGCCUUAAAAGGCCAUCAAUCUCCUGGUGAUAAGAUCACGUUGACUCCCUCUCAGCAGGAGACUGUUGCCCAGCUAAAGGAAAUCAUGCGUCUCCACUGGGUUGAUCGAGCGAUUCUUAAUGUUUUGCCCGAUGUAGUCAUAAUGACAGAUUCUGUCCAACCUUUUGCGGCCAUUAUUCAGUUAGGCCCAUGGAAAGUUCAUAUAAUUGAAUGGCUGUAUUUACAUCAUACGCCAAAGAACACGGUGACUCCUUUAGUGGAUCUCCUUGCUCAGCUCAUCAGCAAGGGACGCCGUCGCUGCAAAAGCCUCUUUGGCACUGAUUGCGGCCAACUCAUUGUACCCAUGCCUUUAGAACAAUGGGAAACUGCUCUCUCCACUAGCAUGGAUUUGCAGUGAGCCUUAGCCGAUUUUGUUGGCCAAGUGGAUUGCCAUAUCCCAGCCGACCCUCGCCUGCAAAUGAGCAAACAAUUUUCCCUGUCUUUCUCAACCAUAUUAUCUCCUGUCCCUUUGGACGCCCCUACUGUCUUUACUGAUGGAUCCCCCUCCAGGGGGGUAGUUGCCUGGAAACAAGAUGAGGAAUGGCACAGCCUCUACACUCUUCCACAAAAAUCUGCCCAGCGUUCUGAGUUAGCAGCUGCUGUUAAAGCUCUGCACCACUUCUCCAAGCAGCCUUUAAAUUUGGUCGUGGACAGCCUAUAUGUUGCAAAUGUCAUAACUCGUCUACAAGGCAGUUAUGUAAGUCCUUUGUUGGGUGACAAUUUAUUGAGCCUUUUCCUAUCCUUACAAUUGCUUCUUUCCACUCGCUCCCACCCUCUAUUUGUGGUGCACAUUCUCUCUCACCAACCCUUCCCUGGCUUUAUCACUGAUGGCAAUGCAAAAGCAGAUUCCUUGCUUAGAGCUUUGCCUGUUUCCCCUAUUGAAAGUCAUGCUUUCCAUCAUCAAAAUGCGAAAGCCCUUAGCAGUUCCAAAUCCCGUUGGAAGCGGCACGUGCAAUUAUUCAACAAUGCCCUCAAUGCUCUAAUCAGAUUGGCCACCCCAGCCCUGGUGUUAAUCCCCGUGGGCUGGCAUCCAACCAGUUGUGGCAAAUGGAUGUAACUCACUUCGCCCCUUUUUCACCUUGGAAGUUCAUACAUGUUUGUGUUGAUAUGUUCUCUGGCUUUAUUUGGGCCACCCCUCAAAGGGGAGAACAAGUUAAGCAUGUUUGCAAUCAUCUUGUUCGUACCAUGUCAGUCAUGGGCAAGCCUCAUUCCCUGAAAACUGACAAUGCCCCAGCGUACUGUGCAAAAACCUUUGCUCGGUUCUGUGAAACUUGGAAUAUUCACCAUUUAUUUGGCAUCCCCUACAAUUCUCAAGGCCAAGCCAUUGUUGAACGCGCCAAUCGCACCUUGAAAACUGCUUUGAUUCGCCAGGAAAAGAAGGCCGGUGUCCCAGCCUCACUUUCCGAAAAGGAAGGCUGGCUGGCCAGUGUUCUCUUUACUCUCAACCAUUUGAAUGUUUCCAUACAGGAUCAUCAAUCUUAUACUCGCCUGCAGAAGCAUUUUCAACAAACAGAGAUACUCCCAGCCCCACUGGUCCGCAAUAAGAUAUUACCCUCCAACGAAUGGAGUGAACCUGUAAAACUGAUCACCUGGGGAAAGGGUUACGCUGCAGUUUCUACUCCACAGGGUGCUCGCUGGGUUCCCGCACGCUGCAUCCGCCUAUACCAUGGCGUGGCGACAGUCCCUUCCAAAUCCGAUACCGCAGUUCGACUGCAAACUACGGAUCACCCAGGCUGCAACGCCCAGCCCCCCCCCAGGACUCGCAAGCGGGGAAAUCGUAAUGGACCUGUGACAUGGGGCCAAAUAAAAUCACUCUCAUGUCAGGCUGAACAGCUUAGAAAGGAAAAGCAGCUUGAAGCAACCCCUGAGAAUUUGCUUCUGUGUGUUAUUUCCUGCCUUAACAUUAAUUCCAUGAUAGUGCUCAUUUUCAGCGUUUUGUUUUUGCCUCUUUCUGCUUCCACUCCUACUAGUGAUACCCACGCACCAACUAAUGUGUGGGAAUCUUUUGCAAAGACACUCAAUAUUUCUUCCUUUUGCCUUACCCAACAGGUAUCUAUAGGGGAAAUUCUUGGCUCCUGCCUUAUCCCUGUUUGCCAUGAUCCUUUUGAUAUACAAAAUGAUACCUGGUUUUUCUCAUCCCUACCCACGAAUGAUUCUCUCCGCACCCUUGGUUAUUCCGGUUAUUAUGUCUGGGGUAACCAAGUGCGCCGCCGCCCAUCUCUGGCCAUUGACUUAUCGACCCCAUACGUGGCUUCCUUUAAUGUCACUUGCGCCCGUAUGGUGAAUUGCACAAAAGCCAACUGCGUGAAAAUGGCCACUGAUAAUUUCCACUGCUCUGAUUAUGUAAAUAUUUCCUAUCUAUAUAAAUACACAGAACUACCUGCGGGUUGGUUCUGGUCAUGUCCUGGCUAUACAUUUAAUUACAUUCCAGCAAACAUCAGCCAUGGAACACCCUGUUGUUUAAGCCGUUUGUCCAUUGUAUUACCCAAAAAGCAUCAUUUGACCCCUUCUCGACAUCGCCGCUCUAUUGAAUUAACUAACGAUUGUGAUGAUUCAAUUUCUCUUCCCAGUAGGUCUGAAUGUAUGUCCUUAGCUGUCUCUCUCUUAGGAGUUCCUGGAUUGGCUGUACGCAAUAGUAGAAAUAUUAAUUCUCUAGCUUGUUCUGCAGCAAAAGCGCUGAAUUAUACUUCUCAAGCCCUUCACCUUUUGAAUAAAGAGCAAAGUGAACUCCAGCAUGGGCUUUUACAGAACCGUGCCGCUAUAGAUUAUUUGUUGAUGCUUCAUCAUUAUGGCUGUGAACAAGUGAAUGACAUGUGUUGUUUCAAUAUUACUGACAAUUCUAGAGCCAUUCAAAGCCAAAUCUCUCAUUUGCAAAAUCUUACACAUCACAUUAAACAGGACGUUGGAUUUUCUGGCCUCUGGGAUUCUUUCACCCAGUGGCUUACUGCUUGGCUGCCUAACCUUACUUGGCUUCGUGGUCUUUUUCAAUAUGCUAUUGUCAUAAUAUGUAUAUUAACUUUGCUAUGCUGCUUCCUUCAAUGCGUUCCUAGCCUCAUAAGUCUUUUCUCUUGGCUUCUCUCUCCCCCUCAACCACCCAGUAAACUCCUUGCUGCUUACUUUGCGAAAUGGCAACACCAACAGUAAACCAAAGGGGAGAUGUUGGCAGACUUAUUUUGGGCAUGCGCUGGCAAACCACGUAUCCUGAAGUAUUUUUGUCCCAUCGACCCUGGCGAACUUAUUUUGGGCAUGCGCUGGCACACCACGUAUCCCGAAGUAUUUUUGCCUUAUUUACCCAGAACGCCUCGCAAACAAGAAAAGAAAGGGGGAGAUAAAGGGAAGUUCUCUUUCUGCAGUUCUCUUACUGCACAUAACUGUGGCAUAAAGUCUUACUAUUAGAACUAUUGCUUCUUUUCUCUUGCAUUCUGGGAAGUCUCGCUUCUGCUUCUGCACACACUGUUCCGAACACACCAAGCCAAACACACCUAGACAUUCUCUCAUUCUUCAGUUCAUUUCAAGUUCAUGACCAAAACAAUGUGGUCUGUUCUUAAUGCAUAGCUGACCACAUCUACGGAACUUGAUUAUUAUAUUCUUUCAUGUUAUGAUCAAUCAUUAGUAAUUGUUUUAGUCAUGUUAUAUUAAUCUUUAGUUAUAAUUUAAUUAGGAGGAUUCAUGCCUGUCUAGUUCUAGCUCCAUUUCUCAUCCUUUGAUCUAUCAGUGAUAAAUGGUUGUAUGUAAUUCCCGCCUUGUACCUAUGUUAACCAAUCAGCAACAAGAUGCUUUGUGUUUGUAUCAACCAAUCAGCCACAAGCACACCUGUGGCAAUGUUUGUAAUAUUCAAUAAAAGAGAGUUCCCGGGGCUUGCCCCGGCAGACGCCUCUCAUAUGACACCUACCACUCGUCUGUCGUGAAUUCAACCCAACAGUCUUGGAUUAGAGACCGAAGAACCCACCUGCAUUAGCAGUACAUUGUGCUGUUUUUUCUUCCUGUGAUGUCACAUACUGGUCAAUGACAGCAGAUAUCUUAAAUUUGGUUCUAGAAAUGAAAAUAGCCUGGAAAUUUCUACCGAGAAGUGGGCUAAACAUGAAACUAUAUGAGGGAAGCAAUCAAAAAGGCUUUUGGGGGGGUGGGGAAUCAACACCGCCCCACCCACUACCAGCAGAAAUGCAUUUUCUUCUUGCAUGGCCAUCUUGGGACCAGAGUCACAUUUCAUUCUCUCUUUCUCCAGGCAGUUUUCAGAUCGGUUCACAACCUUGACUAUCGGCCCUGCCGGCUGGGGCUGAUGGGCGUUGGAGUUGAGCAACAUUUGGAGGGCCCAGUGUUCCUGCCAUCCCGGGGUAGACAACAGCCGCCCCCUCAAGUGCCUCAAUGUCCCAGGACAUCGCGAAUUCACAGAUCCGGGAAUGUCCCGCUUUCGCUUAGCUGGCAAGGAGACGAAGAGCCGCCACCGCUUUCCAAAGUGCGCGGGCAAAUGCCGCCGCCCUGCCCUUGCCUAGUGCGGCAGAAGGGCUUCAAUGCUGCAGUUUCCGCGAGCGGUUGGCGGGGGGAACCUUUCAACAAGGGGCCGGGCUCGAAGCUGCGCUCUUGGCCGGCGAUGAGCAGCGCCCCGUUGCGGGCGGAGUCCGGCAUCCUCAGCUCCAUGCCGUUCAUGUCUACCAUCCUGCUGUGGGGGGGCGGGGGGGUCUCGGAGGGGCUGCCUUGGCUGGGGGGCGGGCGACGAGGAAGGAGGGCGGCCGAGGCGGAGACCACUGCACUAGAGCAGAUGAGGUAGAUGGUGGUGGGUGGAGCAGGGGCGGGGAACAGCGGGGCAGAAGUACCAUUGCAUCCUGGCGGGGCGCCCUUGCCCGGCAGCAGGAGGGGAGGAAGGAGCCGAGCGGUGGGGGGCAGCUGCAUCCACACCGCCUUCUUCACCUGCUGUUUCCCGGCGGCCUGAUCUAACCGUGGGAUCCAGCCGAGGGUGGCAAGCGGCUUUGCGGGGAAGCGAUGAUCUGCAGGGGCGUCUCCUGCUCCCGAGUUGCGAGCGAGCUUUCUCUGCGGGCUUCAGCCUUGUGCUCAGCCCGCCUGCCUGCUUGGAAGUCAGCGCCUUUCAGCCUGGGGCACAUCGACAUCAAGGCUUCAGCUCCCACUUACUCAGGCGGGGUGGGGGAUAACAAAGGAGGGGCCGAUUGUGACAUAAGGCACCAUAAUGAUGCUACAGGGACAUUUUCCCCCUGCACGUGGAGACAGGCUCCCAGCACAAUGACAGCGCUGCCUAGCGGUGCUUUGAAAUGACAGUAAAACAUCAAGAUUCAGUAUUGUCUCCCAAAGCAGACGGAUUCCAACACCAACUUUUGGAAGAAUAUUUAGCAGCUUUGCAGAGAGACUGGGUCUAAAAAGGUUAUGUAUGGAUUGGACCCUGGCUGGGACCUUCUGCCUGUGUAACUGCCCCUGAGCCCUUAGUUGGCGGGACCUCUGCCCCAGCCCUUCUUGAAGAGCUUGAAACUUGGGGGCUGAUUUGGAAGGGAUGCUAACUCAUAAGAGAAAGAGAGAGUUACCCCUGUUACAUCAUAUGUUAGACUUGGGGUGGGGAGGGAGGUGAUUUUCUUUCUUUGUACAGAUCAGCACUUUUUAAAAGUAUUAACAGUGGAUUACAAAUUUUAAAAAAGCUAAUGAGUUUGACAGACUGUACUACUGUGUACAUUUCUCUUUUAUUUUAGUUAGUUGUACUGUAUUUAUAUUGUAAAUAGACAUAAAAUAAUCAAAACAUUAAUAAAAUCAGCAGUUAAAAUAUACAUAUUUAAGAAACACAUACAGUAUUGAAUACAUUGAGGCUUGCAUUGCAGGGGGUUGGACUAGAUGACACUCUGGGUCGCUUCCAACCAAAAUGCAAAACUCCGUGUAUUUGAAGAAAGAGCAAAGCUUGAUGGCAGAACACCUGCUUUGCAUGCAGAAAGUCCCAAGUUUGAUCCAUGGCACCAUAUUCAUCUCCUUUUUGUGCUGCUUUCAUGUUUGCUGCAAACACUGCAGAACACUGCAAAUUCCUGUUCUCCUCCUUGAACUCCAAGGAACUCAGGGGGCCCUCUACUUCCUCCUGCCCUGUUAUCCUUCCAGCAAGCCUGUGAAGGAGGUUCGUCUGAGAGUGAGUGAGUGGCCCAAGAUCUCUUAGUGACCACUAUGGCUGAGUGGGGAUUUGGUUUCUGGUUUCCCUGCUUGCUGCAGAACUGCAGCUCUUUGUGCAUUUCAGGGGGUUGGACUAGAUGACCCCCAGGGCACUUUCCAACUCUACGUUUCUAUGAUUCUACAUUUUGUGGGUCUUUAAAAGACUGGCCAUUGCAUAAUCUCUGUUGGGCUGGUGUUGCGAAUAAGUGUCUUGAGCUUUUUAAUUAACCCCAUUUGAAGUUGCAAAUGUUUGUUAGUCUUUUGAAGUGCUAACACAAGGCUUUGAGCAUGAGGGUGCUGCAACAGACUCAGGAGCCAGUUAGGCUGAGAGGGAGUAGCUAGCCCAACAUCACCCAGUGCGUCUCAUGGCUGAGCGGGAAAUUGAGCCCUGCUCUCCCAGGCCCAAGCCCAGCACUCUAACCACUAGGCCACAUGGACUCUCCUGGAAUCUUGGCAUCGUGGCCGUGCGUUCCAUGUCACCAAGCAACAGCUGUUUGAACUGAGGUUCUGGAAUCCUCAGUGUGGAGAGGUUGGCAGAGGUUUGCUGUAGUGACCCUUGCUUAUUUGGAUUAGAAUAUGGCAUCUCAAAGACUCCUGGAGGUAAGUGAAAGUUGGCAUUUCCAGGGGACUUAGCUUUAGGACGUAGAAUAAUGGUAUCACCAAGUUUGGCAAAGAGCUAUCAAAGGUCAAAGGAAGCUUCUGUUUGUGUUCGUUGGUUUGUUUAUUCGAAUGUAAGCCUGUGACUAGGGAGUGUCUUGUUUUUGAUUUUGUAUAAGCCUCUCUGGGAGCCUUUUUGGCUGAGAAGAGGAGUACAAAUGCUCUGAAUGAAUGAACGAAACGAACAAACAAACGAGUUCUCCCUGUGGGCAUCUCUGACUUUCAUCUCUUGUUUCAGGUCACCAUCCUUCCUGCGGAGCAGCUUUUGGAGGCCAAGUGCUUCCUGGCCAGUGACCUUGCUGUUGAGAGCACCUUCGAGCCCUUGGACAUCUCCCACUUGCUGCAAGAGUUCAGCAGCAAAGCAGUGGAGGUAGGAUGCUGCCAGGGUAGGAGAGAAGAAUCUCCGCCUUGAAGUAGGGGAGUCCACCUCAUGCCAUUGAGUGGCCAUGACACGUGUUUGUUGGGAAGGGCCUCACAAUGUAAGAAUAAGAACCUCAGCCCAAGGGUCCUGAGACAGCCCCACUUCCUGGUACUAUCUGAGUGACCCUCUCCUUCAUCUCUGACAGGUGGAGGUGCUGCUGGAGGCCUCCCAAAAGAUCACUCCGGAGUCUACAAUGGAGAGCAGAGAAGUGGCCAUCUUAGCUUAUCAUCACCUGGAGAAAGUGGUUGAAUACCUCCUCCAAUUUCCUUUCGUGUAUGGAGCACUCAAGCUUCUACCGGCCUAA